AUGGCCGCUACUAGUAGUAAAGCCCGCAUCUGGACCGCCACUAGACUAUGGAUUGCAGCUGCCCUGAUACGUGGUCAGGACCUAACCACCUCUCCAGUUCGACACUGUCAUCAGCAACUAUCAUCAUCUUCAGGAGUCAAGGAUGAAUUAGAUCUACUAGAUAGUGUAUUAAAGGCACCAGUUCGAUCAUCUGUUAUGGCUGGCCCGCUGCCACAGCUUGUUAGCAAAAUCUCAACAGAUCUACUCAACUUGCACCUCUACGAUGCUGAAGCUAGUGCCACUGACGCAGCACCAUCUACGAAUCCAGAACAAGAGGAGAACGCACCUGUGACGCUAGAUCAAUUCAAUAAGGUCAUACGAUGGAAUGCAUCUGAGAAACGAGUCAAGCAAGCUGAAGCAGCCUUCAAACUCAUAUCAGAAGCAGGUUUCAAACCAGAUCUAGAUUCACACCUGUAUCUCGCAUCAGCAUAUGCACGAGUCGGGAUGCUCGAAGCCACACGUCUCCAAAUCGUAAAGGCCGAACAAGCAGGAUACCUGCCAGAUGUUCGUGCAUAUGGAAUUCUGAUUAACGCAUAUGUAAAUCGUGGGAAAUUGGCCGAGGCGUUUGGUGUAUACGAGUAUAUGAAGGAUUAUAAGAUUGGGCCUACACAGGAGAUAUUCACGUCGCUUAUCAAGGGCUGUAUACGUGCAAAGGACAUGGAUCGAGCAUGGAAGACAUACGAGCAUAUGAGAAUGAAUGUCGCUCCACCGGAUGUAUACACGUACUCGUUAAUGAUUCACGCUUGCUCGAAAACCAAGGACGCCGAACGGGCGCUGGAUUUAUUAGCUGAUAUGACUGAACGUGGAAUACGACCAAACGCCUAUACCUUUAAUUCACUCAUCGCUGCGUGUGGAUCACGGGCUGAUUACUGGCCACAAGCAUUAGAGUUAUUAGAACGUAUGAUUGUGGAAGGGUUUAUACCACAACUCAUUACAUAUAAAAUAUUGCUAAAGGGUGCUGCACUGCAUGGUGAUGUACGACGAGCACGAUCUGUAUGGAAUGAUAUGGUUACGAGAGCUGCUGUAGAUGCUGCUUAUCGACCUGACGAGGCAUGUGUAGUUAGUAUGAUGCAUGCUUUUGCUCAAGGUGUAAUGGUUUGGAAUGCUACAGGUGCCAAGUUCCUCAAAGCAGCAGCAUCUGACUCUGUAGAUAACAAUUCAUCAUCAACGGAUACCCACUCGAACGGCUUAAAUGACAUUGUAGAUGAAGAAGGUGAAACCAUUGAUACCAACUCCACUGACUCCCAUACAGAAACCACAGCCCUAGCACCACUUGAUGAUACCAAUUCAGAAUAUCCCAUAUUCCGUCGUACGGAAUGGAAUACCAACGCAUGUUUUGAAGAUACAAAACAGAUGUGGCAGUGGGUUGCAUCACAAGCUCCAGCUCCCAUCAUCGUACAAGGUGCUGAUAUGCAUAUUGCGGAGGCUACCAGCAGCAGCAGUAGUAAUUAUGUUAAACAUCUGCUUGAAGAGCCAGCAUCGCCGCUCUCGGAUACGAAUGAGGAUGGUGUUUUGUCGAGCACCGAUCUUCAACUAUCCAAUACGCCAGAAUCCUCCCAAGAUCCCAACGCCGCCUCACCACACACCCCAAUGCCCAUCACGCUCCCACUCCUCGACGCCUAUCUCGGUGUCUUCUGCAAACGACCAUCAUAUAGCAAAUCCGCCGAGCACGCUCUCGACAUCUACAACACCGAAUACGCUCGCUGGGGUAUAUCGCCUGGCUCGUAUACAUACCAAUCCAUGCUUCGACUCGUUACCAAAGCAUCCAAAGUGUCCAAAGAGCAGCGUUUGGAUGUGUGGAAACAGUAUAUGGCGUGGGAUGAGGUGCUAGAGGAUAAGCUGAGUUUGAGAGUGUUGGAUAAGAUUGAGAAGGAGGCGAUUAGAGUUAAGGAGGGAAGAGGAAGGGAGACUAUGUUUCAGGCUUUUGUGUUGAUGAUUCAAGGUUAUGCUCGUGCUAACGAACUCCAAGAAGGCCUCAUCACACUCAAAGAAUCCAAAACCUUCCGACCACACGUCCCCAACUAUCUGCCCCAAAUCCACUUCAAAUCAGUAUGGAAUCUAGUCGAACGCAUCCGUAACGAGGCUGAAAUCAACGCCAACUGGGAUUUAGCCAAACAGUUGCUUGAAGUAUGUCCACAGCUGGACGACAAGGAUAAAGCUACACGAGCUGUAUUGAGUAUGCUGAGACAGAAGUUUAGAGGGACGCCAGUGAUGAAGAGUUUUGAGUUGGUGUCGACGCCGGAUUUAAGGGCUAUAUCAAUUGAUAAGAGUAAGAGUAAGAGUCGGAAGAGGGUUAACAGGAAGUAG